GCGCGCCCGCGGGAGGCGGCUGGCGGUGUGUGGGGCAGGUGACGCCGUUCCAGCGUCCAGGCGGCCUCGGCCGCUCUGACCCUGAAAUACGUGGAGUUGGGUCAGCUGGGAGCUCGCUUUGAGUCACUCUGGCAUAAAAGCCAGUUGGCCCUGUACAAGGCCUUAUUUUAACUUUCUCUGCGAGCCAGGAGUGAUUACGCUUGGAAAUACGUAGGACGUGUGGCGAUAAAGGCUUAUUUUGUUUUGUAAAGCCAAGGAAAAUAUCCAGGAAAUGAAGAAAGAACUUGAUUCGCUUUUGCAAACAGCCGAGAAGGCGUUUACAGUGGAGUUGCUGAAGAUGCCAAUUGCUAUCAGAAAAAUGAAAAGAAAAGACUUGCUUAAUUUGCAAGGAGAGGAGGAAGUGGCUCUUGCUGCAGCAGUGACUGACUGCUCUCUAGAAGACACACCAAAUCCAAAACUGAUGAGGACCAACAGCAAAAAAGUUAAGGUAACUACAAUUGUUGAAUAUGAAGAUGCCAAGCAUAUUUCUGCAAAGAAAAUAUCUAAAAAAGUAUCCAAAACAAAGUCAUUGGUUUCGUUGGCCUCUGGUUUAAAUAGCAAACUGAACCCUCUUCCUAGGUCUGCUCACUCUUCUCCAAAUGUGAGUGAGGCUGUUAAGGCUCUUGCCUCUGAUUGCAGUGCCACAAAUUACAAAGCCAUGCCAAAGGUAUAUAAAAGUGCUAGACUACAACCUGGUGUCCCAAAAACUGUACCUACCAGUGGAAGAGUUCAAGGCAUGUUACUAAGAAGUAAAUCAGUACCCCAAGAUAAAACUGUUCCAUUUGUAAACAUUCCCCUGGCUGAUGGACAGACGCUCUGUACAGCUGGUGGAGACCUCCGUAACAUUGAUGUGCAACUGCUAAAUCAAGAUACAGUACAGCAUAUUCAUAACUUAGUGAGUGAGCUGACUGUACUAUGUGGAAAGGCAACAGUUAAACCAAGUUAAUGGAACUUGCAUAAAAGCCUGUCUCCUGACUACAGAAUAGUCAUAUGACAGUUUUCUUUCUUCUUCUAAAGUGUCUAGAGAAUUUCUAUGUCUUAAUAAAGCUGUGUGCUGCCCAAUAAAUGUUUUUAUA